CCCUUGUCUUUAGGUUUAAAAUAUUGUGUAUUGUUUGGACCCUUGCCUAUCUACAAUUUAAUUUAAAAAAUACCUAAAUUUUAUUAUCACUGCAUAUACAAAAAUAAUAUAAUAAAUAUAACGUUUUCUCCAUUUAUAUCUGUCUAAAAAUGAAUAGCUUGAUGAAGUUACAGCAAAAAAAUUGGUACACUUACAUUGGUGUACCUUUUGUGGUUGGAGUAACAAUGUACGGGGUAAUUAAUCAUCUUCUUCAAAAGAAAAGGAGAUCAACGUUACGAGGAAAGGUGGUCUUAAUUACUGGUGCAAGCUCUGGUAUUGGGGAGGCACUGGCUCAUGUAUUUUAUGGACAGGGCUGUAAAAUUAUCCUUGCUUCUCGGCGGAAAAGAGAACUCGAAAGAGUUAAACAGGAUCUGAUAUCCAGGAAAGUUGCCAUCCAAACUCUUGAACCAGUUGUUUUGGAGUUAAAUUUAGCGGACAUAGAUAAUAUGUAUUUGUUUGUGGAGAAAGUGUACGGGAUAUGUGGUCACGUUGACAUUUUAGUCAAUAAUGGCGGUGUCACUCAUAGAGGAUCUAUUUUAAACACUAAAACUGAUGUUGAUCAGAAAAUUAUGUUUAUCAAUUACUUCGGGUCAGUAGCAUUGACAAAGGCUGUACUACCGAAAAUGAUAGAAAGAAAAUCUGGGCAUGUCGUAUUUAAUAGUUCUGUGCAAGGACUAAUUUCCAUACCUAAUCGUUCAGCUUAUGCUGCAUCCAAGCAUGCUCUACAAGCUUUUGGUGACUGUCUUCGUGCUGAGAUGGAUCAGUACGGUAUUAAUGUCACUGUUGUUAGCCCAGGGUAUAUAAAAACAGCUAUAUCAAUGAACGCUUUCACCGGAUCUGGUGACACUCAUGGUGUUAUGGAUGCCACCACAGCGAAAGGUUUCACACCGGAAUAUACGGCGAACAAAAUAUUAGACGCGGUUGUUAAUAAAAAAAAUGAACUAAUACUAAGCCAGUUUCUACCUAGAUUUGCCAUAUUUUUGAGACACACAUUUCCAUCAUUGUAUUUUACGAUUAUGGCAAAAAGAGCGAACGAUACCUGAGCCUUAUGCCACAUGAAUACAGUUUUGCGUUUUGAUUUAAAAUAUUAUUGUACUUUUAUUAAAUGAAAAAUAAAAUUAUCUAUUUUU